AAAUCUGGAGUUAGGUUGCUUCUUUCUUGUGUCCACAGUAUCUUUUCAGAUCUUCCAACAUUUUCCCUCAAUUUUCAUCCAUGGCUAGUAGUCAUCCUUGUUUCAGUUAUGAUGUUUUCUUAAGUUUUCGAGGUGAAGAUACGCGUAAAGGUUUUACUGAUCACCUCUAUACAGCCCUAAAGCAAGCAGGAAUCCGCACUUUCAGAGAUGAUGCUGCGAUGGACCGAGGAAAACUGAUAGAGCCAGAGCUGAAUAAAGCCAUCCGUGAGGCCGCAAUUUCGAUCAUCGUCUUCUCAAGAAACUAUGCUUCUUCCAAGUGGUGUCUUGAUGAGGUCUUAACGAUCAUCGAAGAACAAGAGAGGCUCGCCUCUAAGCAUGAUGUUGUUCCUGUGUUCUACAACGUUGAUCCGUAUGAUGUCAAGAAUCAAACAGGAAGCUUUGAAGAAGCAUUUAGUUGGUAUGAUAAUAUAAUUGAAACAGAAUUAGAUUACCAGAAGAAGAUUGAAUGGUUGCAGAAGGUGAAGGCAUGGAGGGUUUCUCUUCGAAAAGCCGGAAGCUUGACAGGAAUGGUAUUAGCUAACGGACACGAGGCCAAAUUCAUAAGUAAUAUUGUCAAUGUCAUAAGAAAGAAACUGAACUACAAGCUCUUGCACAUUGAGGGCAAAUAGUGGGAAUAGAGAAGAAUGUUGCUGUGAUUGAAUCAUGGUUACAAGAUCCAUCACCUGAUGCAGUUUUCGUUUUCAUUCACGGGAUGGGAGGCAUUGGAAAAACAACCCUAUCAAAAUGCGUAUAUAACUCAAACUACUAUGAAUAUGAUGGGAGUUGCUUUCUUGUAGACAUUCAUGAGACAUCGAACCUGUUGGAAUUAUUAAACUAUGUUAUGUUUAUGUAUGUUAAAUUCGUAUUCGAACAUAUAAUUAGUCUAGCUUAUUUGAUUAGUUAAUGAUAUGAUUAUCUAUAACCGGUAGAUAAGCGGGAAACCAUUUCAAAUAACUGUCAAAGACAGUUACCCGCCAUAUCUUAACCGCCAAAAUCCUAUGUAUAUAUUAGUAUUACCGGGAACAUUAACCGGUAUCAAGACUUUCUUAUUUUCACUAAGAAUUGUCCACCCUAUUAUCUUUUCCGAUCAUCAUUUACACUUUGUCAUGCAUAUUCAUUUUGGAACUCUUGUUUAUGAUAAUAUGAAUUCCACUCACAAUCCAAAAUUACCAUCAACUUCCGCUGCAAGCAUGUCGUCUGACUUCCAACAAAGUGGUAUCAGAGUGACGAAGGGGAAGAUGCAGACGACCGAAAUUCAAUCAACAUCCACUGUGUUGCCUUGUCAACAUUGCACGGAUGAAAUGAAGAACAAG